AUGCAAACCUAGAAUUUAAACAGUAAUUAGGGUGCUCCUCCUGGGACCUAAAUUGGCCAGUUCAAUUCAAGUGUUCCCUCCUCAUCAGUUGUAAAAUAAUCUAGACUACAAAGCUCAGGGUAAAAGAAGUACUCUUUGCAGAUAUCAGAUUAGAAUCAUAAGCAUUGCCUAAAUAAUGUGAAUCAUCACAUUCAUAACAGUGGAGUGUAACAGAUUUUAAAAAACCUAGAUAUCAAUGCUUUAGAGGCUAGCAAUAAUUAGCUCCAUUCUGAAGAAGAUGAAUAAAAUCAUGUCCUCCAGGAAGACGAUGAGGAUGACAAUGCUCUCAACUUCUCAGAAUAGCAGGAAGAGGAAGUACUUAAAAGAAUGAAUUAAAUGGAUCAAUCUGAAAAUAUGGCCUUUCUUUUUGGGUAAAGAGGAUAAGACCCAUUGAUCAUGUAGCAAAACUAAGACGCUCUUCACAGAUAAGAGCACGGAGGAGUUGUAGUUUAUGACUCCUAUGCUAGGAUUAAAGGAAACACUUUAUUAUAAAGUUACUAUGAGAAUAAUUUACCUGCAAAAAUAGACUUUAACAUUCUAUUUGAUAAAAACGAGAUAAUGAAAGCAGAAAAACUUUUUGCAAAGGAGCCCAGAGAAAGAGACUUUUAAAACGAUUUUGAUAAGUUCGUAUUCAAACAUCUGCCGAAGUUUCAGCCAGAGAGAGAUUUUGGUUUCAAUUAAAGCGGUAUAACAAGUAGCACCUAUCAAUUUACUAUAAAUGUUCCUUAGCAGGAAAAUCUACUUAUUUUUGACUCAAGAUUCGAAAAUGGGAAUUUAAGAAGAGCAAUGAAAGUCAAUAAUGUGGAAUAUAACUUGUUACUAGAGAACGAUGUUAACACUAAGGGACACACCUAAUGGUUUUACUUCAAAGUCAUUCACAAAUACCCCAAAACAAAGCCAUAGUCAUUAUAUUCAAUGGGUAUGAAGCCUUGUAUAUAUUCUCGUAGGUAAAAUGAAUUAUAUGGUAAAGGUUGGUUUCGUGGAGGUGAUCAAAUUAAAUACUUUCAAAAUGAUAUACCUAGAAAAACAGGGAACAAUGCAGGCUAGUAUAACAAUGCUAAUAACAGCUUCUUAUAUAAUAACAACGGUGCAGGAGAAGGUUCAGAGUUUCAUUUCACGCUCAGCUUUAUCUAUGAAUUUGAUGAGCAAGAAGACGAGGUUUGGUUCGCUCAUGCUGUUCCUUACUCUUUUACAGAUCUCUAGAUUAACCUUAAAGGUAUAAAGGAUAAAGAUGAAAGCAAAAAUAUUUUUAGAACAAACAUCCUAUGCAGAACCCUAGCUGGUUCCCCUUGCCCUCUAAUCACAAUUACAGAUAAAAUAGAUACAUAUGUGGAUUAUUAUGAUGAGAUUCUACUAAGUAAGAAACUUCCUAACUUAGUAAGGAAAUAACUAGCGAAGAAAUAUCAGAAAUGCAAAAAAAUAUACAAGCAGUCAAUGGAAUCCAAAGGUAAAGUGAGAAGACUGUUAAAAGCAGCAUUUGAAGAGGAAUUGAAUAACUUUUAUCAAAGAUAUCACAGUGAGUUCAUAAAGGUUGAUCCAAAGUUUGAGAAUUAUCAUCAAAAGCUGAAAUCAUACAUCUAGGAUCAUUAUCAUAAAAAGGCUGUCAUCAUAACUUCUAGAGUGCACCCAGGAGAGCCGUAGUCAUCUUAUAUGCUUCAAGGUACAAUUGAUUACCUCUUAUCAGAUGAGGCUAAAGAGCUGAGAAAAUACUUUGUCUUUAGGAUUGUUCCGAUGCUUAAUGUGGAUGGUGUAAUCUUCGGAAACUAUAGAUGCUCCUUGCUAGGAGUUGAUCUCAACCGUAAAUGGGUUUAGCCAAACAUAUUCUUACAUCCAACCAUAUUUUAUGCCAAGUAGUUGGUUAGGAAUAUGCAUAAUGAAAGAAGAGUGCUUAUGUUUUGCGAUUUUCAUGGACAUUCUAGGAAGCUGAAUGCUUUCUACUAUGCUUGUUCUUAUAAGAACUUCGAGCAUGAGGGCAGGAUAAAGAAUGCAUAGCUUAGAGUUAUUCCAUUGCUCUGCUGUCACAAAAAUAAUAUGCUCAAUUUCAAAGACUGUAGGUUCAAGAUAGAGAAAUGUAAGGAGAGCACAGCUAGAGUGGUGGUAUUUAGAGAGUUCAACAUCAUGAAUAGUUUCACCUUAGAGGCAUCUUUCUUUGGACAUGAGGAGAGUGCUGAAAAUAAUCCAACUUAAGAAGAGGAGAGAAAAAAGCAACUCGCUAGUGAAGCAAAUACUAAUAAUGCCAAUGGGACACCUGAUAUUAACCUUCCUCCUUAGAUACAGAUUAAUGAUAAAAAAGAGCCUGACAGCUCUCCAAGUGGAGGUGCUAAUACAAACCAUGCCAAAAAAGGAAAAGGUUAGGAGGCGACUAAAAAGAUUCGGUAAAAAAGGAAAACUGUGAUAGUGUCUAAAAAGAUGCAAGCCUAGGUAGAGUCGUAGUAUUUAGAAUCAAUGAGAAAAGAAGAUAAUGUUACAAAUAGUGAGGCAGAUACCUUUAGUCAAAUUAUCAAAAUACAUGCCUAGCAAGACGAGCUUCUUGAUUUAGAAUUCUUUAUAAAAGGAGUAAAGGAAAAGACCAAGUUUUAGAAAAACGAUGAAUCGGGCUAGGAAGAAGAGGAGAUCCAGGCUACUGAUAGCAGCGAUUCAGAAGAAUCAGUGAAAAAAUACUUUGUUAAUAGAGGCAAUCCGAAAUCUUAGUUCGAAAACUAGACUAAUGCUAAUAAUAGUAACAUUCAAAAGCCACAUAUCAAAAUAAAGAAGUCAAAGAGGGCAGUUAUAUAGACUGAAAAGAAGGAUGAUAAAACUCCAGAUGUUCAAUUCAGAUCUAUUGAAAGUCCAUCAAAGAUAAAGUAACUCAACCGUAGAAUGACAUAGAUAAAAGGCGGCAAUAAAUAACUAGUUUCUCUUGAAGGGGACAAACCAAUUACAUAAAAGAACAAUCAACCAUUAUCACAAGAGGGCACUCUAGAUUAAUACUAACUUAAAGGCUCUAACUUUUGCUUUAGCAAAAAAGAUAAUUCUCGAGGAGCUUCAAUUACACAAGGUUUAGGCUUUGAUAAAAUCACUCACAGAAAGGAGACUUCUCCUUCUAACUUGCUCCAAGAGUUUUAAAAUUUUGAAGUAAGCCCAAUUAAAAGCAGAGUUAACGCAUCAAUGACAAUUAAGAGUUUUGAGGAAGAUAAGAUGGAGAGAGACAAUUUGUUGCAUGACGAUCAUUCAGCCAUAAUGUUUAAAAGCUAUGAGGAACUGAAGUACAAUAUAGUGGAAGAGAGGCAAAGAAUAAUACCUCUGUAUGAAAACCCUCUAUAUCAUUAGAAUAGACUAAACAAUAGCAAUAAUUAGAUAAGAAGCAGUUCAAUCAAAAAGGGAGAUGAUUCGGCUUCAAAUCACUUAAUAACUACUUAAGAUAAGUAGUAACUUCUAACUCAAUAGUAAUAAAUAAAUCUAAGAAAUAUUAGCACCAACUAGUAUGAGCCUUAUGAGGAGUACAAAGCGAGUGGAGAAUAUCAGGCCUUCAGUUCUUAUAACAGAUAAAUAACUAACCUGUCAAUUAAGAAUGAGCAAAGUUAAAACUAGAGUAAUUUUGGCAAAGCAAUGUACCACAAUAUUUAUCAUUAAAUGAUUCCAUCUCCCAUUAGAUCUGGGGAUAACUCGAUUCUUAAUGACUCUCACAACAUUAAUCAAACUACUCUCUUGUUUAAUAAGCCUGAAGAUCUUUAUACAAAUAGAAAGCAGCGCUAUGGUAAUAAUAAAAAUGGCUUGAACAUUUCAAACACUCAGAAUCAGUGUGUCUCCAUGCAAAGAAUGAGCUUUAAGGAGCUGCUAGAGUCAAGCAGACUCACACGAGCUACUGAUAGAUCUAUAGUAGAUGCAAAGCAUAAUAAUUACAUCAGAAAAUCUAUAAAUGUGCAUAACAAUAACGCUAAUUAGGAGGGAAUUACUACUAGUCAUAAUUAAAGCAGUGGAGGAGGCAACCCAACUCAUUUACUCUAGAUACUCAAAAACACCUACAAUAGGUUUUAGAAUCAGAAAGGGCAAGGAGCUAAUAGUAAUAACUAGUCACAUAGAUUUAAUGAGUUGAAUCAAUCAGAAUUCGAUGACUAGCCAUAGCAACACAAUCUAACUAAUGCAUUAUAACAAAAGCAGUUCUAAUAUGAUAUUCAGAGAUCUUACUUCAAUAAUAAGAAUAAUAACAGCGUAAGCAAUAAUAGCAACACAAACUAUUAGAACAACACUUUUCAUCACAAUACAUAUAAAAAGCAGCCGCAGUUCAUUGAAACUUAGCUGUCUCAUAUUAAUAACCAUAAGCAUCAUUAAUUAGGAUUAAGUAGUAAAGAUGAGAAUGCUGACAAAAAAACUAUAAGCUUGCAGCAAAUGAGCAAGCAGAAUUUCAAUUCCACACUUUAGAGUAGGAUAGUUUAAAAUAUCUAAUAACAGAAGCAAUAAUAGUAGCAGAUUCUUUUGAACUAAUGCACCAGUAAUCCAGUAUUGAAUCCAAAUAACAUAACUGUAGGUGUGCCUCAAACUACUUCUCUGAUUGGUUUGAUACCCUCUUAGAACAGUAGUAUAGAACGAAUCUAAAACAGACAGAAGUAUCAGCACUAACAGUAGAAGCUAGACUCAAGAGUCAACUAUAUCAAUAGAGUCUAGAAUUCAAACGAUUAAGUCACCACUAGCUCCCAUCAAAGAUCGCCCUCGAAAGUUAGCAAAAAAGCAAAGAUCCAUAAAAAAGGUGCUACAAGAUAAAGUAUAGGAUCUGGCAUUCAAAAUGAUACAAUGAAUAAAGAUAAAUAACUGCAGUUGUUUAUUGUAGAUUAAAGAACAGACAAACAGGCAGCGAAUAUUGACAAGAAGAACUACUUUAUUUAGAGAUAGUAGUAGUUGCCACCAUAAGCCUAGAAUAUGUCUAGGAAAACUACCAGUAAGAUAAUAAGCAACAACAUCUAGGGAGUUGUGUUGUAGGGAUUCUCUAAACAACCUCCUACAGGUAAGACUAGUGAUAAUAACAGAGACAAUUAGAUAUUCAAACAAUAACAACAGCAUAUAUGA